UAGUUAUAACUUCCACUCAAACAACCCUCCUACCCUCUUUGGCCUUUUCUUCUACUCUUCUAUUUUAUCUACUUCACACCACACUCUCAUUCCGCAUUUUUCACAACAAUAUGUCCUCUAAACUCCACCAAAUUCUCUCAAUCUUCCUCUUUCUCUACACAACCCUAAAUUCCGCAGUUGCGGUGGUGGAUCAGGAGUGUCCAUAUCCAUGCUACCCACCACCAAUUGGCGGUGGUAAUAGUGGAGGAGGCGGUGGUGGUGUCGGUGGAAACAAUCCACCAAAAACCACCUUUCCACCGCCUUCUCCAACGGGGUAUUACCCUUCGCCUUCUUCUAUAUUCCCAUAUAACCCUCCAAACCCUAACUACUACGGCGGGGGACAGCCACCGCCCGACCCUGUGGUUCCAUGGUUCCCUUAUUACUACAAGAAGCCGCCUCAUAGCACUGAUCAACCCUCAUCAACAGGCAGCCGACAACGAUCGACUGUUGUGAUCUUUUCGAUUGAUCUUCUUGUUUUAUCAUUGUUGUUACUUGUUGUUUAAGUUACCUACGUACCAUGUUUAAAAUUCUUUACUUUCUGUUACUCUUCUGUGAAUAUGAGUACUAUGGUGUUAUAAAUGUUGCAGAAGGGGCAAAGUUAGAAUAUGAAGAAAAAGUAGAGGCAAGAAGGUGGUGAAAAGAUGAUAGAAGAAGGGCCACAAUGUUGAAGGCUAUUGAUUAAGAAUAUUGACAACUUUUUCUCUAUUAUAUUAUCUUCUUGUUAAUCAUUUUGUCAUCUGCAUAUUUUUAAUAUUAUUGUUUCUAAUCAUUGAUGUUCACUGGUUGGUUCUUGGAA